AUGUCUAAAGCUGAAGUCAAGGCUAGGGUUAAGGUUCAAGCUAAGGCUAAUGCUAAGGCUAAGGCUAAAGCUCAGGAUAAAGCUAAGGCUAAAGCUAAGGCUAAAGCUAAGGCUAAAGCUAAGGCUAAAGCUAAGGCUAAGGUUUAAGCUAAGGCUAAUGCUAAUGCUAAGGCUAAGGCUAAGGCUAAGGCUAAGGCUAAGGCUAAGGCUAAGGCUAAGGCUAAGGCUAAGGCUAAGGCUAAGGCUAAUGCUAAUGCUAAUGCUAAGGCUAAGGUUUAA